AUGAAAACCCCGCCCCUCGCUCUGUGUGCUAAAGACCAACAGACUGGGCAGUGCUCGGACUGUCGAUGCAGCCUUCCACAGCUGGACUCUGACACAACCUCCACUUCCUCCCCUCCUUCCAAGUGUGCAUCCUGCCAGGCAGGCAGCAGCCUCCCUAACGGACGGCGCCCACACCGCCGCCUCCGCCUGGACCCUCACAGCUGCAGCCUGUGCUCCAAAACAUUCAUCUCCUCCGCCCACCUGACCCUUCACCUGGCAUCCCACAACAAGGAGAGGAAAUUCAGAUGUAUCACCUGCAGCAAGUACUCCCACCUGAUGGCACACAAGAUAAUACACAGCGGGCCAUUUAAAUGCUCGGAGUGUGGCAAGACCUUCGGCCGGGCCUCACAUCUGAAGACCCACCAGCGGCUCCACACAGGCGAGAAGCCCUUCAAGUGCACCUACUGUGACAAGUCGUUCACACAGAAGGCUGGGCUCCUGGCUCAUGUUCGCCUACACACAGGGGAGCGGCCGUAUAAGUGUGAGCAGUGUGGGGCCGGUUUUCGCUCUCUGCCCUUCCUGCUCUCUCACAAGGCUGAGGAAGCGUCGGGAAAGGUCAAACCUGUGCCAGCGCCAGCUCCGGCACAGACACCGAGUAGCAGCGAGGAUCUGAAGUGUGGGGUCUGCUGCCGCACCUUUGUACGAUCAUCAUACAUCAGGCUGCACAUACGCCUCAACAAAGGACAGCGGCCUUAUCACUGCAAAGUGUGCAACAAGACCUUUGUCAAGCUGGAUACAUUUGUGAACCUGAUAGCAGUGUUCUCUGUGUCCGUGCUGCAUGACGAGAGGAUCGUUGUUGUUGCGGAGCAGCGGCCGGACGCCUCUGAAGAAGACAGCUUCCAGUGGAUGAGCCGAGUCCUUCAGGCCAUAGACAGCAUCCACCAGGUGGGGGUGUACUGCCUAGCUCUGGUGCCGGCCAACACGCUUCCCAAGGCUCCGCUGGGUGGCAUCCACAUAUCUGAGACCAAACAGCGCUUCCUGGAGGGCGCCUUGCACCCCUGCAACGUCCUCAUGUGCCCUCACACAUGUGUCACCAACCUGCCCAAGCCAAGACAAAAACCGCCAGAGGUCGGUCCUGCUUCUAUGAUAGUGGGUAACCUGGUGGCAGGCAAGAGGAUAGCACAGGCCUGUGGGAGAGACGUGGGCCAACUGGAGGACAAUGACCAGGCACGUAAGUUCCUGUACAUACAGGACGUGCUGCAAUGGAGAGCUCAGGCCACUCCAGACCAUCCUCUGUUCCUUGUUCUCAAUGCUAAGGGCACGGUGGCGAGCACAGCGACCUGUCUGCAGCUGCACAAGCGGGCAGAGCGGGUGGCCACAGCGCUGAUGGGACGCCUCAACACUGGAGAUCAUGUAGCACUCGUCUACCCCCCAGGAAUCGACCCGAUUGCCACUUUCUACGGCUGCCUGUACGCCGGCUGUGUGCCAGUCACUGUCAGACCCCCCCACCCCCAGAACCUGGCGACCACCCUGCCCACCGCCAAGAUGAUUGUUGAGGUCAGUAAGUCGGUGUGUAUCCUAACCAGUCAAGCAAUUAUGAAGCUGCUGAAAUCCAAAGAGGCUGCGGCUGCCGUGGACAUCAAGAGCUGGCCCAUGGUGUUGGACACAGAUGAUCUGCCCAGGAAGAAGACUCCCCAGAUGUACAAGCCCCCGACCCCAGAGAUGUUGGCCUACCUGGACUUCAGUGUGUCAACAACAGGCAUCUUAGCAGGGGUCAAAAUGUCUCACGCUGCCACCAGUGCCUUGUGUCGCUCCAUCAAACUGCAGUGUGAGCUCUACCCCUCGCGGCAGAUCGCCAUCUGUCUGGACCCGUACUGCGGCCUGGGCUUCGCUCUCUGGUGCCUGUGCAGCGUGUACUCGGGCCACCAGUCGAUCCUGGUUCCUCCUCUGGAGCUGGAAAGCAACGCGUCUCUGUGGCUGGCCGCAGUCAGCCAGUACAAAGUGCGCGUCACCUUCUGCUCAUAUUCAGUCAUGGAGAUGUGCACCAAGGGCCUGGGCUCACAGACAGAAGCACUGCGGUUGAGAAACGUGAACCUGUCGUGUGUGCGAACGUGCAUGGUGGUCGCAGAGGAGCGGCCCCGCAUCGCCCUCACUCAGUCCUUCUCCAAGAUCUUCAAGGACUUGGGGCUCUCGCCACGCGCCGUCAGCACCACCUUCGGCUGCAGGGUGAACGUGGCCAUCUGUCUGCAGUCCAACAGGUUAGGGAAACUGGCUGAGCAGGGCACAGCGGGACCUGACCCCACCACUGUUUACGUGGACAUGAGAGCGCUACGUCACGACAGGGUCCGCCUGGUAGAGAGAGGGUCUCCACACAGCCUGCCACUGAUGGAGUCUGGGAAGAUCCUUCCAGGAGUGAAGGUGAUCAUUGCCAACACAGAGACUAAAGGACCCUUGGGAGACUCCCACCUAGGAGAGGUGUGGGUGAGCAGUCCUCACAAUGCCACAGGAUACUACACAGUUUACGGGGAGGAGGCGCUGCACGCCGACCACUUCAACACCAAGCUGAGCUUCGGAGACACCCAGACGGUGUGGGCGAGGACGGGCUACCUCGGCUUCCUGCGGCGCACCGAGCUGACGGACGCCAGUGGAGAGCGCCACGACGCCCUCUAUGUGGUGGGCUCUCUGGAUGAGACCCUGGAGCUGAGGGGAAUGAGGUAUCACCCAAUCGACAUCGAGACCUCCGUUAUCCGUUCUCACAAGAGCAUAGCUGAGUGUGCGGUGUUCACUUGGACCAACCUCCUGGUGGUGGUGGUGGAGCUGGAGGGGUCCGAGGAGGAGGCCCUGGACCUGGUUGCCCUGGUCACCAACGUAGUCCUGGAGGAGCACUACCUCAUCGUGGGAGUGGUGGUGGUGGUCGACCCCGGCGUCAUCCCCAUCAACUCCAGAGGGGAGAAGCAGCGCAUGCACCUCAGAGACGGGUUCCUGGCCGACCAGCUGGACCCCAUAUAUGUGGCUUACAACAUGUGAGGGUCCCCUCCUCCUCCACGUGGCUCAUCACACAACGGGAGUCGGUGUGGCUUCUGUUGAAAGAAAGCGUGCUCCUCUUUCAGCUCGCAGACAGGGAAACAUGAAAGAAAACGUGGAUGCAAAAUGGAGAGAAAUCCCAAGAGAAAUGAGAUCAACACAAACCUCAUGUCAGUUUCUCCCUGCGAUUUCUCGCCUCAACAAAUAAUGUUUUAAAGAGGUUUUGUUGAAAAGAGUUUUGAGUAUGACAGAGUGUCCGUGUCCUUAAACCCAGGACACAUGAUAGCAGCAAGGUAUAACACUACACAGUUCCAUUAACUUCAUCUACUGUCCGUUUCUAUAUUUUCAUUAUUUGUUGUGUUUGCCAUACACUAGUGCCAUAGACUGACACCAUGUUAAGUGUUCGCAGAGCCAUUGCCGGUCAUAUAUGAUUUUUAUAGAAGAAAAUCCAUCUUACGUACAUUGUCGUCUGCCUGAAGUCAACCCGGAUUUUAGUGUUCCUGCUCAUUUCACAUCAUGUUGUUAGUAUUGCAGAGACGCACACAGCAGUUAUUUCUUCCAUCAUUUCAGCAUCAUUCUUUUUAAUUUGUGGUGUCAGUAACAGGAUGUUUAGAAAUACUAUGUGGUUAACGCAAUGUUGUCCUUUUCUAAAUCAAAAAAGUGUAAUAUAGUUAUUGUUUUAUCUAAACAAAAUGCAAUACGAGUGACGUGAAAGACUUUGAAUGACUGCAGACAGUAAGUGCCCAGCCUUCGGAGUCGUGAGAUGGCGAGGAAUAUAAUCGUUGCUUUCCAUUAGCAACCUGCCAAAUAAUAUGAAUGAAGCCUUAAGUGAAUUUUCUGACUCUUUCCUAUCCCAGCUUAACUUAAUUUUGUGAAGUUUAUCAGCUGUAUGAUAGGGAGGGGGAUAUGCAGAGGGAGGUAAGGUAUGGUAAAUCCUAUUGCACCCAAAGUCUUUCAUCUUUCUGGUUAAUAUGAAUAUACUUUAUCGUAGCAUCAGCCAUAACAAACACACACUCCAUAAAUAUUUUUAAAGUGUCUGUCCCUAUUGUCAGUUGUGUUGAAUGUGUGUUUUAAAGCAAAGGACUGGAAGACAUUGGAGCCGGUAUUGGUUUCAUGCAGAAUGUCAAAGCCACAUUUCGAGUGCGAUAGGGUUGAAUGAGAGUUACAAAAGUAUUUGUAUUGCAUGUCUUGAUGAAGGCAAGUGUCUAAUAUGCUCAUAACAUCUUGACCUCCCACAUUAUCACAUUGACUUUGUAAAGAUUCACUUCACUGUGUGUUGCUUCUUUUCUCUGUGUGAUCAUCCCCUCAGAAACAGGCUCCUGCCUGCUGUAAGUAUGUACAGGUUUUGUGUAAAUUAUUAAUAGAUGGAGAAGAUGACCACAUAACACAAAGACUGAAUCUGGUAUGUGAAUUUCUCCCUCACAAACAAAACAUAUUUGAAACGUGUUCUCAUGUGUGGACACUGAGAAGAGACGUGAAAAGCCUUGUAAACAUUUUUAUAGUAUGGAAGUGGGAGACCAAGCACACUCCUCGCACAAGGAGAAGACAGCGACACUCUGGGGACCGCUGAGACGUCACGUCCUCCAGAGCAAACCUUUGUUGUUAACAUGGAAAGAUACAUUUGUCUGAUAUAUGGUUAGUUGUCAUUAUUUUCAUAACAUGAUUUCUUAAUGAAUAAAAAAAAAAGUGCU